GAUUUUGUUACCACUGGUUGUGACAGUAACAAUGCUGUCUUUGCUGCUGAUAACACUGAAAGUGGUAGUAGUGGAACAAGUGUUAUUGGUGGUGUUACAACAGAUAGUCCUAGUGAUGAUACCUUUGAAAGUGAUUUUGUUACCACUGGUUGUGACAGUAACAAUGCUGUCUUUGCUGCUGAUAACACUGAAAGUUGUAGUCGUGGAACAAGUGUUAUUGGUGGUGUUACAACAGAUGGUCCUCGUGGUCGUCCUCGUGAUGGUACCGAUUUUGUUACCACUGGUCCUGCUGCUGGUGCCACUGAGAGUGGUAGUAGUGGGACUAUUUGUGGUGUUGGGGCUGCUGUUAGUUUUGUUCCUGUUGAUUAUAACGGUGUUGGUGGUAGUGCCAGUGAUAGUAUUUGUGAGGGGACUGAUGGUACACAUGAAGUGUUCACUAAUGAAGUAUUUGAUGAUUCUGGUUGUUCUAAUGAUAGUGGUUUCAUUGAUGAUACUUGUAACUGCAUCACUGAUACAAAUAGUGAUUGUCUUGGUGCUACAAAUCUGGAUGGUUGUGUUGGUGGUGAUCGAGGUCUCGCAAAUGAUACCAGAGGUGAUGGUGUGGUUAGUCCCAGCACCAGUGGUGAACGCGAUGCCAAAAAAGUGGCUGUCGUCAAGCCAUUUCCUCAGACGUAUCAAGUAUGUUCGAACUUUUAAUGUAAAUUCAAUAAUGAAAGUAGUCAGACUGAAGUAGUAGCUCGUUAAAAGGUUAUUAAAAGAGCCAACAGUAAACCAUCCAUUGCCUCCUCCCUUUUGCAAUGUCAAAGCUUGCAGUAAAAAGACAAUCCUGUUAUCAAUUAGGUUUUGAGAUUUGUCUACAUCAUUUACAGAAAAACAAUACUCGUGCUUGGUCAUUUCAUAUAUCCUUGUAAUAGGCGUCUUUAGCGUGUAUCUUUUGUUUUUCUAAUGUAGGUCAUGUGAUAAUAAUAAAGAGCGCUGCCUCUUUCAAAAUACGUCUUAUUCACGUUCGUUUGGACGCAUCAGGGGCAAAAUCCCCGGAGACCUUCCUUGAGAAAGUAAAACAUACAAGCUAAAUAUGUUUUUGAGUGAUUUUGGCCAGGAGUUAUUUUAGAGCAGGAUAAAACUCUGUCAUCCAACUGACAUUUACCCGUACUUCAACUCAGGGGACCGAUCGCAAAAUAUCUGGCACGACAUAAGAUGUGUCGACGGUAUUAAAAAAGCCCCCAACUAGGAUGGUCUUUCCCCUAAGUGCCUCGUUGUUGGGUAUUUGUCGCUAAGUUUUUCCAUGGUGAAGUACUCUAGCAUUCAGAGUAAUAUCUCCACAUGCUUCACUAAAUUGAUAAUAACAAAUACGUUUGUAACAAACUGUUUUCCCUUUUAUUAGCAAACCAAUGGAGAUUACGUAGUAAACCAAUGGAGUGCGAUCAGCAACGAUAACCGCUAUCAACUUUUGGGUAAUCUUACGAGAACAUCUAAGAACGUUUUAGCUUGCAAAUACACCAGUCUGUCCUUGCUCCUCGCCGUUAGAAAAGACUGUAUCCGCAGGCUAAAACUGUUUAACUUUUAUUGAACAUAUCAUGUCUACAAGUCGGCGAGCUAUUCCAUAACACAGACACCUUUGUUUAAUGCAAACUGCUUUAAUUUCUUCAUAGUAUUAUCAAGAUCUAAAAUAGACACUGGGUACUUUAUAACUGGUCGAGUAUUGCAGAGAUUAGAAGAAUUUGCGCGUGGCGCGGGGGUCACUUAAGUGGGUCUUUUACGUCCUAGUUGCGAACCAUCUAUUUUACAUGAAACGAAUAACGUCCUGAUCUAUAGAAAAGGAGAAGAAAAUUUUUUCGUUGCUUUGCAACAAACGUAACAUUUGUCACCAAACUGGUUUACUAAGUACAUGCUAUUUUUGAAGUAUUUAGAAUAAUUUAUGUUUGAUAUCUUACCUCAGAUCUUGGGAAUGCUGAGCUUAAAGUUGGAGAUCUUUGCUGAGAUUCUACCGCAGUGGAGUUUACGCUUUACAGGUAAAAUAGGUUUUCGCGAUGUGUCUGUCACUGUUCAAUAUUUUCCCCAAACUUUCCCUAAAACUACAGUUGAAUAUUUUGGUUCACAAGGAACACUUUCCAUUUACCUACCAAUGUUGUUUCGACUGGGUGCAGCCGUGAAACUAUAAACAAGGAAAAUAGAACUACGUCCAUUUAUUUUGUUGAUGUAAUUUUUUUUUAUUUGCAGGAGCAAUUUACCGGCUUUGUGGUCCAAGUAAAAAAGCCAACAAUUAUUAAAGAUAACACUAAUAAUAGUUAAAUAAGUUUCUUAUUUCUAUAGCCCAAAUUGUCAAACAAUAAAAAUGCAAUGCAAGCAGUGGAAAUUUUUUUUAUGGUCAACUGAUACCAACUCCAUGUAAAGUAUUUAAAUAGUGAUAAUUAAGAUAAGAUUGAGUCUUCAAGCUGUAAAUGACCUGUAAGAAUCUGUUAGCCACCCGUGUCGUAAUCAGACUUGUAAGGUUGUGUUUUUGACAUCGCAUUGUUAACUCAUAAGAACGUUUAGCCAAUCACAAUCGGAGAAGAAGCUUCACACCUCUCUAAAAUCGACAACAAGUCAGGAUUUUAAAACUGUAAUUUUAGUACUUUCUUAUCUGUUAGUAUGAAAAGUUGUAUGAGUAAACACCUUGUAAUUUUUAUAUUGCGCUCCUUGUUUUCUAUAGUCUGCUACACAGCCCUUUUCAGUGUCGUCACGCAACGCUCCUCCCCACUAGUGGGGAAGAGCGUUGCGUGACGACACUAAAAAUGGCUGUGUAGCAGACUAUGUUUCCUUCCGACUGGAAAGCCCAAUCUUAAGUGUGAGAGGGAGACAGACACGCGUGUCUCCCUCUCGCGCGCCCGUUCUUUCUUGCGCCCACUUCUUCCAAGCGCCUGCUACGCAGGCUACGAUCAUUACCCGUAAAUAUUUAAUAUGGUCCCUGCAAACCAGAAAGUAGCAAGUUCCGUCCUUAUUUCUAAUCUGAGCAUUCGCUGGCAUAUCCCUUUUUAGUAGACAAUUUAUUUACAUCAUAACAUUCUUUCACCCUUUCAAGUUCGGAGUUCACAAGAGCUUCAAGGGCAGGUUAUUCGUCGAGGCGAAUACUUUGGUAUCAUCAGCAAAAAUUUUGAAGCUUAA